GUCACGGUGACAGCAGCAGGAAGACGAGCUGUCUGCCCAGCACCUGUGGGUGGCUCAGAUCUGCUCCGCAGAGGACGGGGCGGAGAGGUGGAUGCUGCUCUCCCUGGUCCCGGCCAAAGCAGCCCAGUAAGAAUCUGAAGAAUGAGUGAGCUGUGGCAGCUGGAGGUACGAGCCCACAGCUGCUGGCCGUGACGACACAGAGGGCCAGCAGGCAUUUGGAUGUCUCGGGCCCUGCCUUCGCAGCGUGGCCAUGUCGGAAGGCGAGAGCAAGGACAGCUCGGGCAGCGAGUGCCCCGUGUGCUACGAGAAGUUCCGCGACCUGGAGGGCGCCAGCCGCACGCUGAGCUGCGGCCACGUGUUCUGCCACGACUGCCUGGUCAAGUACCUGCUGUCCACGCGCGUGGACGGCCAGGUGCAGAGGACCAUCGUCUGCCCCGUCUGCCGCUACGUCACCUUCCUCAGCAAGAAGAGCUCCCGCUGGCCCUCCAUGCUGGACCGCAGCUCGCAGACCCUGGCCGUGCCCGCCGGCCUGCCCGACGCCCUGGGCCGCGCGAACCCCCUGGCCGCCGCCCAGCAGGCGUGGAGGCCGGCCGCUGGCACUGAGCAAGGUGGGAAGAUGGGUGGUCCCCUCUUCCUGUGGGGUCGCCAGCUGCGAGGCGCCAUCCCUAUCUGCCAGGUGACCUACCUGAAGCCAGGUGGGGCACCGUCGUGGCUGAAGGGGGGGCGCCGACGGCCGGACUCGUCCAGGUCAGAAUUCCCACCCAGGCUUCUCUAG